UUGCGCUACUUUCGCGCGCUGCCGGUCGUGCACAUCCACACGCAUGGCUUUCGCAGUUAAGACAGCCAUUAACGCUGAACGCACAUCCGCAAAGUUUCACAAAACAAAAACCUUUGACUACGACGGCACGGCUGAUGUGACGACGCCUGACAUCAACUGUGGUGAACCUGAUGUAACUUUUCUUGUGGAUCGGGAUGUGUUUCAUGGUCACCAGCAUUUGUUCUCUAAAUUCAGUAAAGUACUGGGUGAAUGUUUUGGUGCAUCCAAGAAUGGAAAUCACCAGACUUCAGCCAAUAUGGACAAUAAUCCUGGGAUUUCAGCGUCGGCAACAAUGAAGAAAGUCACCAUUGAUGCUCCUGUACCAGUUUUCGAAGCGGUCUUCAACUUUUGCUACACACGAAAUCGUCGUUGCUGUUAUGAUUUCCCUGGCAUCAAUGAGGAUCGUGGAUCGUGGCGCGAUCCGGUCAUCAUCAUCAUCGACAGCAUGACAUUUGUGUUCAAUGCCGAUGUUUCACUGCCGUGUGCGAGCGAUCUCGGGCAGGUGGCUUCAAAAGUUUUGAACGUAGAUGUUUCAUCAGUCGUCUGUCUGUCAAAUCAGCUCGAUAUUGUUGAUCCGCAGAGAUGCUUUGCAGGUGUACGCAAAACGCGCACACCUCGCUUAGCCAUUGAGAAGCUAGGGGACCCAGAAGUCAAACAAAACUAUCAAAACCAGCUCCUCGAAUGCCUGCCGGACGGUAUGGUGUCGGAUAUAAACGGCCACUGGGAGAAAGUAUCCAAGGCGCCUCUCAAAGCAGGAGCGUCUGCUUGUGGCACAACCCGGUCAACCUCAUCCAAGCAUUGGAUCUCUGAUAGGACCGUGUCCUUGCUGGAGACCUGGCGACAGAUUCCACCUGGUAGCCACUACAACACCACCUGGCGCAUCAUCCGACGCCAGGUGAAACUAAGUGUCCGCGCAGACGGAGAACCUUGGUGGACCCGAAAGGUCGAAGAAAUGGAAGAUGCAAAGAAUGCUGGAAACGUGCGCAAAUUGUUCCACUUGAUUCGUUCGACUGGUCCUCGGAAAGCUCUUGUCAGCGAAAUAAUCGGGGACAAAAAUGGCUCCUUGAUAUGCAACAAAGCAGAACGUUUAGACCGCUGGGCACAGUAUUUCGAGCAGCAGCUCAGCUGGCCAUCUGCCACUUCCACUCCAGAAACCUGGCCUUCAACAGAAAGAUUGUCUGUCCCAGUGCACAUGUUACCUUCAGUUUACCUUUUGGCGAAGCGUUUGGGCAUUGAAGAAAUGCAGAGACCCUGCGCUGAGUAUUUGGCGGACCACAUUACUAUUGGAAAUGUCGGUCAUAAUGCUUUCUUGACUUGGUCUUCCUUGUUUUCCAUAGAGUUAUGUCAACUCAUUCAAUUUGGUCUCCUGAAACGUUCGUUUGAGCCAGGUGCAUCUGAGGGUGAACCACUGCCUUUGUACGAACUCCGCCUCGCCAAUUCACUUUACACCUACGUCCAGGAGAAUGCUGAUGCCUUAGCAUGUUCCCUGUCUGGACAACUGAGUGCACGCCUCAUUGUGAAUUUAACGUGCGAAUCAUUGUCCGAUAGUGAGAGGAAUGGCACAGACCAGUUGCUUAGCGAGGACCUGGUAUUCCGCGUACUACUGUGGGCACGGCAACGUAUUGUUUCCGGACAACGGCUGGCUCGGUCUGGGAGCGAGGAAAACGUACAAUCGGAUGACGAAGAAAGUGAUGGUGGAACAAGUAGCUCUGGAUCGGCUACCUUGGAGAGGAAGACCAAGCAAACCCGCGUCCCCAACCUUUCCCUUGACCGAUUAGAUUGGCUAAGCACUGGUGCCAGUUGCAUAUCCGCACUUGAAAUCGGGACCACUUCAGAGAGAUACCGACCCGGCACAUAUGAACUGAAGGAUGCAAGUUGUAAGAAUGUAACAAACGAGACACUGCAGUGUAAGCACGCUGCCACCCAAGAUAUUCGAAUCACCCUGGACGUGGAGGAGCUACCUACCGCGACCCCCACGACAUUUUCCUGCUUCUAUGCUGAUGAUCAGAACGGAACGGCCGACUCACAGACUUCAGCCGCAUCUACACCUAGUCGUCGAAGAUUGUGCAUGGCACAUCAACGGUACGCACGUAAUGGUAACAAUGGAAGGGUUGGUCGGUCAACUCCUCACUCGACGUCUUCUGAGUCGGUGAACGAGUCCCUGAGUUCUUCGGAUGAACAGUGUGACGGUCGUGAUUCACCUGUUCUACGUGAAGAUGAGGAGGUCGCAAGAACUGUGACCGCCGAAACCGCAUCUCAUUUAGCACGAGCUGCAGUCAAUGUUCUUGCAACCUCGUCCAGUGAGGACUCCUUCUGUGGUGCAUCGUCGAACGGUCGAACGACUCAUACUCCAGACAACAACUAUGCGCCAUGUUUCCCAGUCCUUCCACGUUUGAUCGAGGCACGAUCUGGAGCCGGAGCCGGAUGUCUGUGCGUAGACGGCAAGCAUCAUCUCAUUUUGGUUGGGGGUUAUGCACGGAAAGGCUGUUUGGUCAGUGUAGAGGUACAUACAAGAAGUGGAUCAUCCUCUGACCCGGCAGUAACGGACAACCCACAAUUUCCCUACUACUCUCUUGAUGCCGCAAUGCCUGGGCCCCGAUUAUCCAAACCCCGAGGUCGUCUUGCCCUGGCGCACUCGUUUUGUUCAACCACUGAUGGUUUGCUAGAUGUCCUUUAUGUCUGUGGCGGAUCCAACGGGUCGGUGGAUUUAAACACGGCAGAGCGCUUGACCUCCUCAGCACUGAGUGAUUGGCUAGCCGAACACGCUGAACGGGUCACCGAAGUAGUCCCCAACUCAUCCCUACGGAACUCAAGUACAACCAUCAACAGUGGCUGCCACCAGCAGGCAGCUGUUUGGCAGCCAAUCGCGCGAAUGAACCAGGCACGAAGCAGUCCUGCGGCGACCGGACUUGACGAUCUGACCGCAGGUACCCUCGUCACCAGUACGAGGGGUUCUAUGCUGGUUGCUGGGGGUCUAGCGGGUGCGGUAGCUCUGUCCAGCGUAGAGGCUUACAUUCCCGAGCGAGAUCAGUGGAUUCAGCUACCGGAUAUGUGUACGAGUCGGUACGAAGCAGCUUGUGCCACCUUGGGCUCCAAAAACUUGGUCUUGGUUGUUGGUGGUGACGGAAGUUCUUUUCGUCGACACGAUAAUAAUAACGAUGCUCUCGUCGAAGCGCUGGAUCCUCGGUGUUCUAAUUGGAUACCACUUCCCUCGUUUAAUCCCGGUGGUCAUGGUAAACUGCGCGGAGCUGCUCUGGUACAUCGACCGGCCACCGAAGAUGGACUGUUGUUGAUCGCCGGCUUCAACGGGCAGGAUACUCUGAAUCGCACAUGGUUAUUUGACCCCACGGCUUGGCAGUGGUUACCCGGUCCGUUUCUCUCGACUGCCAGAACUAACCCCUGUGCAAUUACAUGGCCAGACCGGUCGGCAACCUUUGUUCUGGGUGGCUUCAACGGGACCGCAUCAGCCACCGGUUUCUUGGACUCUAUUGAAAUGAUCUCAUAUGUUUAGCUCUAGCUAAGUAUCCUCGUUCAGACACCUCAUAUAUUGCAGAACGUCCUCAUCUCCAUCGGCUACGCAUCUGUUCCCCCCUCACCGAACACAGAGCGCUUUGGACUGACUGAUCUUUGAGAAGCAACCGAAAUUAGCUUUUGUAUCAUUAUCUACUGUUGAAUGUUCCAGUAUUGUUCAAUGCACCUCCCUUGCCCUCCACCAUCUUGUUGACAUACCCCAAAGGCGAGGUGCUAUUUCUCUCCUCGUAUCCCCUCAUUUUUCGUUUCCUAUUUUAAGAUUGGAUGGAUGACUUGGCAUUGAUCGUGCACAUGUCAGAACAUUCCGGUCAACACCGGUGGGAAUUUUAAACUGUACGUCCUUCAUCAUCCAGAGAACAAACAUUUUCC